AUGCCGCAGCUCCAGCAGCUUUCCACACAUCGUGCCGCAGGGUCUGCGCAGCAGCCCAUAAAGCACCCACAUGCGCAGCAGCCAUCCACGGCCCCCCUCCAUGCGUCGGCCACACCGGUUCCGAGAGCAGUCUUGUUCAAUACCGCAGGCGGGUUUGCGUAUCAGGUGAUGACCUCAGCUAUCGAAAAAGCGAAGGCACCGACAGUGAGUAUCUUCACAGUGCGCCGGAUUCCAGUCGCCAAUUCCCGCGCUCUGUCUCUGCACCUCGCUGCUGCCGCGAGCUGCAGGUUGCCGUUCUGCGUCGUUGAGGGUGGAGUAACAUGGAACGAUGUGGUGACGACGUUGAUGCUGCCUCAGCCGGAGCGACCCCCUUCCCAUAUGGGUUGGAACGUCCAAGUGCUUGGCCAGGACGUCGACAGCGGCGCCUGGGUCCCCAUCACACCCUCUCUAUCCUCGCGACUGGAGACGCGUUACUUCCUGUGCACCGAUGUCGAGGUGCUGUUUGGGCACUACCAGACCUCCAUUCUCUACAUGCAGGCAGUUCCGCUGACGGCUGAGACGGCUGGGCCCGACUGGCGCACCCCGUUGCAGCAAAGCUCCGCCACCGGGGCUGCACCGCCUCCCGCGCCCAUCAAGGCACCACGUCAAGGGAGUGCGUCCGCGCCGAGCCGCAGCGCCUCACAGCCGCGCGCCAGUGGUGAGGCGCAUACCUCAUCUGCACAACUCGCAGGCAAAGCGAGGCCUUGCAGUCUGAGUGCCGACUUCGGUCUUGCCGCGAAAACGCCAUCGACGCCGCCCCUCCGCCCUCUAGCAGCGCAUGCGAUGUGGUCGCUCUCCGCCUUUGUGAAACAGCAGGAGCGCUGGGGUCGUCGUUGUCAAGAGUUGCGGCGGCGCGCGGCGGGUGUGACGUCUCGGGAAGCGCUGCAGCAGGUGCGUGAGGAGCUGCGAUUUUGCCGUGCCGCUUUUGACGUGGACAGAGCCGCCACACCCACCUGUGCAGACAAGGGUGUUGCCACGUGGGCACUUAGCCUGCUGGAGCACCAGUGCACGACGCUGGUCGACGACGUAUAUGCCGUGUGCACGGAAGGGCGCAACGACCACCGGUUUCUCCUUCGGCUGGCUCGCAGUCGUCUUCACCGCGCAUUUCAGCUGGCUUGCAAGGUCAUCCAUGUCGCAGACUCGGUGCUCAGCGCUGCCGGGGCAGCAGAUGACGCCGGCAUCGUCUUGUCAGACUUUCCUCGUGACUGGCUGGCGCUUCUGCUGGCCUCGCUGCGCCUGCGCAGUCUUCGCCACCUGGCUCUGGCGCGCGCCUGCGGGGCUGUGUCGCACGGGCAGUCGCAGUCACCGUGGACGAUGGAGGUUCUCGUUGACGAGGCGGUUCAGACGGCCGGUUGGAUCCUCGAGGCGCUCUUCAGCAUCUGCGAGCGCGGCGAAAUACCUGGACUGGCGCAAGCCGCGCUGGCGGAAACGUUGCUGGCAUGCACCCUCUCCCUCGCUGAACUGGCCGCCUAUCUUUCUACCAACACGUCGCGCCGCUGCGAACUGAUGGCAGCGGCAGUGCACCUCUGCCGCGUACGCUUCCAACUUACACGUGGCGACGGUGAUGCUCACUGGCUGCCGCAGUGUGUGAGCGAUGUGGUGGCCCGCAUGCAGACCAAGUUUGGCAGAAUACCGCUGACGUCAUCGGCUUUUACCGAGUACGCCGCCCUCAUUCAACAGCUGCGAGAAUCUGCCGAGUGCGCAGAGAUGUGCAACAGGGCAGCUGCUGCGCGCGCUGGCGCCCCACCAGCGGACGUCCAGCCAGAACCGCUGCCGCUGGGAUAUACUGUUACGCGCCUCGCGGCCUCGGCAGCGGUGGAUGCGGCUUUUGUGCGCGGCAACACACUGGUGCGUGAACUCCGCCGCACCGCCGCGGCGGUGCAGAGGGCAAUUCAGCGGUGCUCGACUGCACCUUCCUCGUGGAAAGACCCGCCACAGUCUCCGCGUCGCCGCACCGCCCCCGAGAGCACUGAGCAUUGCCAGACCCGCUCAUCGCCACAAGCGUCAGAGGCGACGUAG